UAUUUCGUUAUUUUCCGGCUAUUUUUUUAUUUACACUCACCACGAAACGAAUCAAACGCCGGCCCAGAACUGAAAAGCGCGCCAAGAAGCCGCGCAUAUCAAUUCGCAUGGCCAUCGACUCUCUCGUCCUCGGCGCCGGGCAAGAGGUCGGUAAGAGCUGCGUGGUGGUGACAAUCAAUGGGAAGCGAAUCAUGUUCGACUGCGGAAUGCACAUGGGCUAUCUCGACCACCGCCGCUACCCCGAUUUCUCUCGCAUUCCCAAAUCGCAGAACGAGUCGAACUUCGAUCACUCCCUUACUUGCAUCAUCAUCACCCACUUUCACUUAGAUCACGUUGGGGCUCUUCCUUACUUCACCGAAGUCUGCGGUUAUCAAGGUCCAAUUUACAUGACGUAUCCGACUAAGGCAUUGUCUCCUAUAAUGUUGGAGGACUAUCGAAAAGUGAUGGUGGAGCGAAGGGGCGAGGAAGAGCAGUUUUCGUCUUAUCACAUUGCCGAGUGCAUGAAGAAAGUAGUACCAGUGGAUCUGAAGCAGACAGUGCAGGUUGAUAAAGACCUUCAAAUCCGUGCAUACUAUGCAGGACAUGUUCUUGGAGCGGCAAUGUUUUACGCAAAGGUGGGAGACGCCACUAUGGUGUACACGGGAGACUAUAAUAUGACACCAGAUAGGCAUCUUGGAGCAGCUCAAAUCGACCGACUAAAUUUGGACCUUCUUAUUUCAGAAUCCACGUAUGCAACAACCAUACGCGAUUCGAAAUAUGCCCGGGAAAGAGAAUUUCUCAGAGCUGUUCAUAAAUGUGUUGCUGCCGGUGGAAAAGUUCUAAUUCCAACUUUUGCUCUUGGAAGAGCCCAGGAACUGUGUAUCUUGUUGGAAGAUUACUGGGAGCGCAUGAAUCUAAAGGUUCCUAUUUACUUCUCAGCAGGUUUGACCCUUCAAGCCAAUAUGUAUUAUAAGAUGCUUAUCAGUUGGACCAGUCAGAAAGUCAAAGAAACGUACUCCACGCAUAAUGCCUUUGAUUUUAAGAAUGCUCACAAGUUUGAUCGUUCGAUGAUGCAUGCUCCUGGACCCUGUGUUCUGUUUGCCACACCAGGGAUGAUCAGUGGUGGCUUUUCACUUGAGGUUUUCAAGCACUGGGCUCCUUUGGCGAUGAAUCUUGUUACACUUCCCGGGUAUUGUGUGGCUGGAACCAUAGGGCAUAAAUUGAUGUCGGGAAAACCCACCAAAAUUGAUCUGGACAAGGACACACAAAUUGAUGUUCGAUGCCAGAUUCAUCAGUUGUCUUUCAGUCCUCACACAGACGCCAAAGGAAUUAUGGAUCUUGUAAAAUUUCUCUCCCCGAAGCACGUCAUACUUGUUCAUGGCGAGAAGCCGAGGAUGGCGAUUCUAAAAGGAAAAAUCCAGUCGGAGCUGGGAAUUCAGUGUUACGACCCUGCAAACAAUGAGACCGUGUCAGUUCCAUCAACCCACUACGCGAAAGCAGUAGCUUCCAACGCGUUCAUCCGAAGCUGUUCGAAUCCAAACUUCAAGUUCUCGAAAAGAAGUUCAGAAGAUGAACACGGUUUGAAUUUGGGAACCAGAAAUUCGACUCCAGGACUGCAAGUAAGCGAUGAGAGGGCAGCAGAAGGGGUUUUGGUUAUGGAGAAAAGCAAAAAAACGGAGGUAGUACACCAAGACGAGCUUAUGCUUAUGUUAGGAGAGAAAAAGCAUCAAGUAGAAUUUGCUUAUUGCUGCCCUGUUCAAACUGGCAACUUGAAAGAGGCCAAAAGCACUUCGGGAAACGACGAUCAGCUUUGCAAAUCUGAGAGAGGCUCUCGGCUUCUCCGCAGAUUAUCUGCGAAACUUUCAAAUGAGCUUUCUGAGGGGAACAUCCAAGACUUUGAGGAUCACCUUGAAGUGGCAUCGUUUCGCGCAUCCGUUUGCUUGAAGGAAAACUGCCCUCACAGAUUACUGGAUGGCCAUGGCGUUCGGAAUAAAUCUGAAGAAGCAGUUUAUUUCUGCUGCAGUUGGGCAAUGGCAGAUGAGAAGCUUGCAUGGCAAGUCAUUUCAAUCUGUCAAAAUUUCUCCAUGCAUGAGCAAAACAAGGAGGCUUCUACCCUGUAGGCAGUCCCCGAUGGUCGGGGGCUUAUUUACCCUUGUAACGUCACUAUGACAGUAUUUCAAAUUAAUAAUCUACUAUAGUAGAAUAUUAAGCA